AGGACGAAGAGGAGGAGGAGGAGGAGGAGGAGGAAGGGGCCGCUGUUGCUCAAGUGAACACAUCGGCGGAUAAGUUGAGGACCAGCGGAGCUAAAGGGAGGAAGGAAGGAAGACGAGCCCCCGUAGUAUCACCAGAGACCUCGGCCGCGCCACGGCUUCAUGCUCCACCGCAGCGGACGCGUCUGAGUCCGUCGGGCGGGUUCGCGGCGCCCGGUGUCGUCGGGGGGGAAACAUGCCAUCUUCUUCAUGGAGGGUUUCGCCCGCACUCGUGCUGCUUCUCCUCCCUUCCGCCGUGGCUGUGGGAGAAUCCUCGGUACUGGAGGGCUGGCACGAUGUCUGGCUCUUCCGCUUCCUCAUCAACAUGCUGGGAUACUCCACCAUCAUCGUCCCCGGCUACCUCCUCAUCAGCUACGUGAAGCGCACCAACUACCUAGAAACAGGUAGUGGGAUUUGCUUCCCUUUGAUAAGAACCUGCGUGUUUGGCAGCGAGGCCAAAACGGGCCUGUUGGACGACGUGUCGGUCGCACCCAGGAACGAGGGAGAUUCAGGCUCGCCAGUCAAACAGGCCAUCAAGCUAAUCUUCUGUGCCGCCGGACUUCAGGUGUCGUACCUGACAUGGGGCGUCCUGCAGGAGAGGGUGAUGACGCGUUCCUACGGCGCCACGACUCCAGAGGAGGAGGGAGAGAAGUUCAAGGACUCCCAGUUCCUGGUCUUCAUGAACCGCAUCCUGGCGCUGACCGUGUCGGGCGUCUGGUGCAUCGUGUUCAAGCAGCCGCGCCACGGCGCGCCCAUGUACAAGUACUCGUACGCCUCGCUCUCCAACAUCCUGAGCAGCUGGUGCCAGUACGAGGCGCUGAAGUUCAUCAGCUUCCCCACGCAGGUCCUGGCCAAGGCCUCCAAGGUCAUCCCCGUCAUGCUCAUGGGCAAGCUCAUCUCCCGCAAGAGCUACGAGUACUGGGAGUACUUCACCGCCGCGCUGAUCUCCGUGGGCGUCAGCAUGUUCCUGCUGUCGAGCACGGCCGGCAAGCACCCGUCCAACGUCACCACGUUCAGCGGCGUCCUCAUCCUCGUCGGCUACAUCGUCUUCGACAGCUUCACCUCCAACUGGCAGGACAACAUGUUCAAGUACAAGAUGUCGUCGGUGCAGAUGAUGUUCGGCGUCAACCUGUUCUCCUGCCUCUUCACCGUGGGCUCACUGCUCGAGCAGGGCGCCUUCUUCGACUCGCUCGCCUUCAUGGCGCGCCACUCCGAGUUUGCCUUACACGCCGUGCUGCUGUCCGUGUGCUCCGCGUGCGGCCAGCUCUUCAUCUUCUACACCAUCAGCCAGUUCGGCGCCGCCGUCUUCACCAUCAUCAUGACCCUGAGGCAGGCCAUCGCCAUCCUCCUCUCGUGUUUCCUGUACGGCCACGCCGUUACCCUCGUGGGCGGCUUCGGCGUCUCUGUGGUUUUCCUGGCACUUUUCCUCCGGGUGUACGCGCGCAACCGCAUGAAGUCGGGCCGCAGCUCGGCGCUGCCGCUCCCGCAGAAGGUGUAGCGCUCCAACGUCGCGCCGAAACUGGGAACUGAGGCCACGUUUUCUGUGGUGCUUUUUGUCAAUCUCUGUGUAUCUGCUUGGCUCGUUCAUUUUUUUUGGUUUCUUUAAUUUUCCUUAUUUGUUUUUUUUGAUUUUUUGUUAGCAAGGUACAGAAAGGGAUUCAGCAAAAUUUGACUAUUACACCACAAUGCCCCUAAGGGGUCCAUGUGAUUUGAGUGCCUGCGAUAUUGUUUGAAUACACAAUUCCCCCAAAACUCCAGAUUGUGUCGUCACCUCUUUCACGGUUAAAUGGUGAAAUAUAUGUUGUUGUUUUUUGUUUUUUUCUAUAAACCACAAUAUGAGGCUUGUGCAGGCGGUUUAAGGUUUUGAGGUUACCGUGAUUCUGGUAAAGGUUUGUGAGCCGUAUAGCUAAGCAUGACUUUUCAAGAUUUCUUGAAUAAUGCCAUAUAGCUUAACUUCAUCCAGAACGUUUGAAUUAGAGCACGACCGAUAUGGAUUUUGGGGGGGCCGAUAUCGAUAUUUAGGAGUACAAGAUUCCCGAUACCGAUACUUAAGGCGAUAUAUAUAUAUAUAUAUAUUUGUCUCGUCAUCAAACCUUUAUGACAAAGACAUGUAAUUGAGGCCUGAUAUUUUCGUUUAACCAUGAACUUUAUCAUAAAUUUUACAUAAAAUGUAAACAUAUAUGCACAUUUUAAAGGCUCAAAUCAGUUGAUAAUUGAUAUAUCGGUCGCGCUCUAGUUUGAAUAAAACAACCUUCCAUAAAGAUAAACGCUGUCGAUCCAUAUGACCGUCUUAUCUUUUCGGUCACAACAGCGAGAAUCUUAUCUCUCAUUGUAAACUUGUAAAGCUGUAAACAAAGGUACUGGACAAGGUACAUACUUAAGUAGUUUGAUUUAUGGAAUAUUGACAAACUUGUUCUCGAGGCAGUGAACAACAGUUGGUGUAACAAAAUGCACACAAUACUUAAGUCACUUACAAAAUUGUGUAACUUUUCCCGACUUCACUGAACCAGAAGCUGCUGCUGUUGGUACUUCUUUUGCUCCUUUUUGUCCUCGUCUUCACAAUACAAGAUUUUUAUUUAAUGUUUCAAAAUUUAGCUAAAAAAUAAUAAUAAUAAUCAUGUAAAUAUAUUGUUUAUUUCCAAACCAACUUGUCUGUUGUGUACUUUUGUAAAAAAAACAAAAAAAAAAACAGAAAAGAAAAGGACUGCCUCGUGUGUUUCACUGUUAUAUGUCAAUGUUUGGAAGGAGACUGAAUGGAUGUUGCGGACGUGAAGGUAAUUGUACAUUGUAGAAUCUGGGGAGUGUUUGCAGAGGAGAAUGCAGUAUACAAUACAAAUGCAAUUGUUACUGGUACAUUGUUUUUCUUUUUCUUUUUUUUUAUCAUUCUACUAUUUGCUCUGGUAACUGGAUUAUUAAUAAAAAAACAAAUUAACUUAAAA